GAGAGAAAGAGAGAGGAGGAGAGAAGGAGAUAAAGAGAGACACGCGCGACAUCGACACGUGCGGGGGACAAGUCGCGCCCAAUUGUCAACAACUGUCAACAGCACCCCCGAAACUCUAAGGACCCGAGGAUUUAUGAAUGAUCGGAGAUCGAGGCAGAAUAGGUCGACCCGUCGAUCCUCAACAGUCGGCCAGCAGCGACACUGAACGUCCACGCGGUAGCCAAACCGAUCCGUUGCACGCUGGGCACCGAUCGUUAACGGAUCAUCCGUCGAGGGGAAUCGUUGGCGAGGAUCUACGAGCAGCACUGAUCCAGAGAAUCCAGCUGUAGCGGAGGCCGGGCCGCCGAGAAUUAUCCGAGAGAGCGAGAGAGAAGAGCGGGAACGGUCUAAUUGAACGGCAGAGGAGCGAAACGAAACAAAUCGAAGCGAAGGGGAGAGGCGGAAAGAGAUCCUCGGUGGCAAAAAUCGUCGAAUUCGCUCGGGCGAUAAAGACGGCGAUCAAAUACCACCGAGUGUUCACCAAUGAGCGUGGGGUGCAGUGGUUGCAAACAAGCAGAAAACCGUGGAACGCGCACAAGAAACAGACAGUGCAGCGGUUCGCAGACCGGGGUCCUCCUCCAGGUGCCCGGCUUUUCAUCGACGUCACCUGACCCAAUCGACAAACGUCCGGAGACCAAAUACCUACGCAACGUAACCACCGUACACCAUGGGUCUCGACUUCUUGGCAGACGGAGGUGCCGAUUUCGAGCAUGCAAUCACCGUAACAGGAUUCGGGAAGUUCCAUUACAUGCUGCUGGCGAUAUGCGGCUUAAUCUACAUGGACACCGCGAUCGGAGUCACUAUACUCUCGUUCGUGUUGCCGGCUGCUCAGUGCGAUCUGGAGAUGGACUCCACCUCCAAAGGCUGGUUGACUGCGUCCCCCAUGUUGGGAAUGGUGAUCGGAUCCUACAUAUGGGGGUGCCUGGCUGACACGAAGGGCCGCAAAGUCGUGUUAAUCGCCACAUUGCUGAUGGACGGUAUCGUCGGCGUCGUAUCAUCGUUCGUCCAGUAUUUUUGGGUGUUCUUGUUGUUCCGUUUCUUCAACGGGUUCGCCGUUACGGGAGCUAUGGGAAUUUGUUUUCCGUAUUUAGGGGAGUUCCAGCCAACAAAGUAUCGCGAAAGAUGUCUUUGUUGGAUGGAAAUGUUCUGGACCGUCGGUGUUAUAGUAUUGCCACUGAUCGCAUGGCUGAUCAUACCGAUGGACUUCAUGUACGUCUCGGACGUAUUCUACUUCAAGUCAUGGAAUCUCUUUGUAGCGCUGUGCGCGUUACCUUCGCUGAUGUUGGGCCUCUGGUUGUUCGCGUUUCCAGAGAGCCCGAAGUUCCUCCUCGAGUGCGGAGAAACGGAGGCUGCCCUUGAGGUCUUCAAGUGGAUUUAUUCGCAGAAUACCGGGCAGGAUCCCGACACAUAUCCGGUGAAGUGUUUGCAAGAGAAGAACAAAGACAAGAGCACGAGGUCGUUGAAGCUACACAAGAGAAAGGACUUGAAGGUCCUGCUGAAGGAAGUCAAAGACCUCACGGCUGCUCUGUGCAAGUCGCCUUACCUUCGCAACACGCUGCUGGCCUGCGGUAUUCAGUUUGGCCUGACCAGCAGCUACUAUACCCUCAUGGUCUGGUUCCCCGAAUUAUUCACCAGGUUCGAGCAGUUCGAGCACCAAAAUCCUAACGAGACCACGUCGGUGUGCAUAGUAUCGGCGAUAUCGGACAACGCGACCAACGUUGAUCCUUUCGGAUGCGAAACCGUAAUCGCAUCCUCGGUCUAUCUGCACACGGUGUACAUCGGAAUCGCCUGCAUUCCAGGAUCCAUUAUCCUUCCUCUGUUUGUGCACAAACUCGGUGCUAAAUUCUUCCUCAUCAUGUCCUUGCUGGUUUCGGGGGCAGUUACAGUGGCCUUCUACUACGUGGUGGACUCGACACAAAACCUGGUACUGUCCUGUGUAUUCGAGGCUCUGACGUCUCUCGGUAUCUCGUUGGUGUAUUGCGUAAUCGUCGACAUGUUCCCGACGAAUCUCAGAGUAAUGGCCGCAGCGUUGUCUUUAACAAUGGGUCGAUUAGGCGCCUUGGUGGGCAAUCUGGUGUUUGGUUACCUGAUCGACUUGGCCUGCGUGGUUCCUAUAAUUUUAUUUGCGGCAUUUUUAUUCAUAUGCGGAUUCAUGUCGUUCCUGUUGCCGAAGACCGGUAAAGAGACGCUCGACUAAUAAAAAAUCCCGGUCAUCUCCUGGUGAGAAUCGACUAAACAAUUAUGAUAUAUAAUUUAUAUAUUUAUCGAAAGUGGACCGAGAAACAGGAAAUGAUUCGGUCUCUUCCGAUCCGCCUGGAACGUGAAGCCAGCUUGAAAGAAGCGUUUUGAUACUUGGAGACGUUUAACCUGUUAACCGAGCGCAUCGCCUUUCUAAUUGACAGAACGAAAAAAGAAAUGAUAAUAAAUAAAUCGGUAUCGAAUGCCUUGGCCCGGUUAACGGGUUACAAUAAAGGCUAGGAAACUUCCCUGCAAAGUCUGUUCCCCACUUCCGAUUGCUUCUGUAAAUUGCGCGCAGGCACGUAAUGUAAUUUAUUCGCGGACUUGAUUCCCCCGGAAUUCUGUUCGUUCUCAUUCUACUUCUGUAAAUCAUGCGAGAAACAUUUUAUUCCGGAGCGUUGUAAAUAACUUCCGCUGUAAGCGGGAAGCGUAGGCCAAGGAAUACCAAUGAUAAUUACUAAUUAGACUGUGUGUAUGUUUGCACCUAGACUGUGAGUUCUAUGCAUUUACAGCAUACCUCGAAAAAAAAACAAAACACUUCGGUGAGAUUUCGUGUGAAGUUUCACGAAGAAAAUAAGUGAUUUUUUUGAAGUUCGUCCAUCGAAACUUCUUGAAUAUUCGUGUACAUUUAUCGAGAAAAACGGGCGGAAGUUAUUUGUGACUACAAUAGAUUUGUAAUUGAUAUACUUGAGGAAAUCCAACAUUUUGUACGUUCGAAAUGAACGCAACCCGAAUUACAAUAACGCUCAUCUUAUAUCCUAGUAGCAUUUCUGCUAUUUGAUGGAUGUUCGUUUGUCUAAGAAAUAUGUCAGAAAACGGAUACCACUCACAAUUAUAAUAAAUUCCUGCUGUCACUAUAAA